AUAUACAAAAAAAAAAAAAUAAUCAUUGAAAUUUUAUUUAUAAAAUGACCUUUUGGUUAUUAAUUAUUUGUUAUUUAUUUAUUUCAGUGGUUUAAAUUGAAAUGUGUUGAUUGAAAUUAUUUGUUAUUUAUUAGUUUAUUAAUUUUGUUGGUGAUAUUUAUGCAUUUAUUAAAUCGGCUUUGGGGUUAUAUUUGGAAUGGCUCAGUUAAAGGAAUUUUCUGAGAAUAAAGGGUCUGAGGUUGAAGAGGUUUUUAGUGACAGUGAUGUUAAGAGCUUUAUCAAAGGUAAAGAAAAUAAUGAUAGCAAUGCUGAGAUGAACUGUGGAGAAAAAACUCCUGUACAAAACAGAAGCACAAAUAAAAAUAAUUCGAUAUUCAAUACUAUUUCGAAAAUCGUUAAUCGCUCUACUAAGGUCCCAGAGAUCACGGAUUUUAAAAUAGUAAAGCCGAUAAGCCGAGGAGCCUUCGGGAAAGUUUUUUUGGGCUACAAGAAAACGAACCCAGACCAAGUUUACGCAAUAAAAGUAAUGAAAAAGAACGAGAUGAUCCACAAGAACAUGGCUUCGCAGGUAGUAAUCGAGCGUAACGCUCUUGCAAUCGCCCACAGUCCAUACUGCGUCCAGCUUUUCUACUCCCUGCAAUCUCACAGCUGCAUCUACCUGGUGAUGGAAUACAUGGUCGGCGGGGACUUGAAAAGCUUCCUGGGUAAUGUAGGCUACAUGGACGAGUCAAUGGCAAUGUUCUACACUGCGGAAGUUUGCCUCGCCUUGGAGUACCUUCAUUCUCACGGAAUAGUCCACAGAGACCUAAAGCCGGACAACAUGCUUCUUUCUCGAGAAGGCCACGUUAAGCUCACCGAUUUUGGGUUGAGUCGCAUCAAUGCUCUUCACCGUGAUUUAGAAAUCUCUGACCUCGUAAAUCAUACUCCCACUACUGCAAAUUUCUUAGCUCGGACACCUGGACAAUUGUUAUCGCUUACCUCUCACUUGUCAUUUGGCUCCGGCAAAUCUUCAAUAGACCUCGACGGGUCCAUUACUGAAAUUGACACUUCAGUAUCUCAAAAUUUACUAUCAGUUUUGGAGAAAAACGCCGACAGCAGCCACAUGUCUGGGAUCGACCCGUUUCAAUCAGCAGGUGACAUUGAGUACGACGCUGGUGUAAUAGUUGAUCAAGUUUUCGAGGGACCCAGUGGAGGAAGCAGCUACCACACCGCUGAAUCCUCGAGAAAGUUAUCUACAACUAACAGAGACACAGAGUCGACUUUUGAGGGUGACUCCAGAAGCUCCACAAACAGUCCUUCUAAUUUUUUGGUCUCGUUUUCUCGAGGAACUAAAAGGAAAAGAGGCUCAUCCUCGACGGGACUCACCAGGGAAAUUCUUUUGAUUGGCCUGGAUGCUAAUUCAACCCCCAAAAGACCCAACAGAGGACUAUUGUUGACCAGGACAGGAAGCUUUAGUGGAGAAAUUCUCGGAAGAAUAGACGAAAAUCCAGAAACCGGAAAAUACAAAAAUGAAGCUCGAGUUGCUUUUAGUACUCCGGUUUCUUCUUAUUCUUCUUGUUCUCAUUUUUCUAGACAAGGAUUAGGACAUGAAUUGGGGGGUGGUCUAGGAAAAGAUAAAAAAGAGACGAGAUUUGAGCUUCCAGAGACAUCUUCUGCUGGAGAACGGUCACCACAAGGAAUUUCUCCGAUAAAAACUCCUGCGGGAAGUUUACAAGAUGCUAAUUUUACACCAUAUAGAACUCCAAAAAGUGUAAGAAGAGGAGGAGACAAGUCCGACAGCAGGAUUCUUGGAACUCCUGAUUAUUUGGCACCGGAGUUACUCAGGAAGCAAGGCCAUGGCGCUGCGGUAGACUGGUGGGCGCUGGGGGUCUGUUUAUAUGAAUUUUGUACGGGGAUUCCCCCUUUUAAUGAUGAGACACCACAGAAGGUUUUUGAGAAUAUUUUAAAGAGGGACAUUCCUUGGCCUGAAGGCGAUGAGAUUUUGGGAAAACACGCGAUUCAAGCGAUUGAUAGCUUGUUGACGUUGGAUCAAAAGGAUAGGCCGACGGCUAAGGAGGUCAGGAAAAUGGAGUUUUUUAGUGGAUUUCCUUGGGAUAAACCUGAAGAAGCUGUGCCUCCUUUUGUACCCAAGCCUGAUGAUAAUUGGGAUACUUGCUAUUUUCAAGCUCGAAAUAUAAUGCAGCAUCUAAAUGUUAGCAGCUGUGAAAGUUGAACAAAGCCAAGGGUUUCUGCAGUGUGUAAAAUAAAUGAUUCUUGUAGUAAACCUUAUUUUUUUUUAAUGAAUUGUAUGUAAUAAUAAUAUAAAAUAAUAUAAUUAAUUUUAAUAAUACACGAAUUAUUGUACUGAUAUUGUAAUGAAACUUAAUUUUUUAUACGAAAGAUAAACUUAUACACAUAUAUAGUUAUAAUUAAA